AUGGCAGCGAAAAACGUUGUUUUAAGUGCAAAACUUGUAAAUGUAAUAAAAACAACCACAGCGUCCAGGCAAAAAGUACUUGGUCGAGAGUUUUGUUUUACCAAUGCCCGCCAGUUUUCUUUGACAAGGUCAAACAACAUAGAACUUCCUACCCAAAGAGCCAAGCUUGUAAAUAGCUACUACCAUGGUACUUCUCCAUUUCCGUUGUCGGACCUGACUCUUGGCAAAGCACUGCAGCAAACUGUUGAAAAAUACCCAGAUAGGGAAUGCCUGGUUUUCUGUGAGAAUGAUCAGCGUUUGACUUUCUCCGAAUUCAUGAUAGAGGUUGACAAGUUAGCUGCUGGUUUGCUCAAGCUUGGUCUAAAACAAGGGGACAGAAUUGGGAUUUGGGGACCAAGUACAAGAGACUGGGUUGUCACCCAGUUUGCGACCGGGCGCAUUGGACUAAUUUUGGUUAACGUAAACCCAGCGUAUCAGACUUCUGAAAUGGAAUAUGCAUUACGUAAAGUUGGUUGUAAAGCUAUUAUAUCUGACGUGACUUAUAAGACGCAAAAUUAUUAUGAUAUGAUACGAGAGACCUCCCCGGAGAUUGAUUUUUGCCAAGAAGGCCAGCUUAAAAGUCACCGGCUUCCCGAUUUGACCACAGUUAUAAUGAUGGGGGAAAAACACUUUCCGGGAACUUAUCGGUUUUCUGACGUUAUGAAUGCAGGAGGGCCGAAAGAAAUCGCCCAAGUUCACAACUGUCAGUCGUCGUUACAGAUGGACGACCCUAUUAAUAUUCAAUUUACUUCUGGCACAACAGGCCACCCAAAAGGUGCAACUUUAACCCAUCAUAAUAUUAUCAACAACGCUCUUCUUAUUGGAAACCGGAUCGGUUUUGACGAUGACCACGACAGAGUCCUAUGCCAGGUGCCAUUAUACCACUGUUUUGGAAUGGUGGCAGGUACUUUGUGUAUGGCAGUGUACGGGCAAACGAUGGUAUUUGCUGUUGCUGGUUACGACCCUGCUGCUAGUGUAAGAACACUCAUAGCAGAAAACUGCACAACAAUAUUUGGAACACCUACCAUGUACAUUGACGUGUGUUCACAUGCCGAAAGUAUCAACGCCAAAUUUACUGGACUUACUAAAGGUGUAAUGGCGGGUUCUCCAUGUCCCAUUGAAGUUAUACACCGCGUUGAUAGAGUACUUGGAACUAAAGUACAGGUGGCUUAUGGAAGCACAGAGACCAGUCCCGUUACAUGCUUCAUGUUUCGAAAUGACCCAGAUGAAAAACGAACUACCACUGUUGGAAAAGCACUUGCAAACACAGAAAAUAGAAUUGUGGACGUAGCCGGCAAAAUUGUUCCAGUCAACACUGCUGGUGAGGUCCAGUCUCGUGGUUAUUGUGUUAUGGUUGGAUAUUGGAAUGAUAAAGAAAAAACUGCAGAAGCAAUUGAUGAUCAGGGGUGGUAUCACACUGGUGAUAUCGGUGAAAUGGACGAAGAAGGAUAUGUCAGAGUGAUCGGACGAAUAAAAGAUAUGAUUAUACGUGGAGGAGAAAAUGUUUACCCAACUGAAGUUGAAGACUUUCUACACACUCAUCCGAAAAUAGAUGAUGUUCAGGUGAUAGGAUUGCCUGAUAAACGACUUGGGGAAGAAGUAGCUGCAUGGAUAAGAGUAAAAGAAGGGGAAAAACUAACUGAGAAAGAAAUUAAGGAAUACUGUAAAGGAAAGAUCUCCCAUUUCAAAAUACCGAAAUACAUAAAGUUUGUCACUGAUUUUCCUAUUACUGUAACGCGAAAGGUACAGAAAUUUAAAAUGAGAGAAGAACAUUCAAAAGAGCUGGGCUUAUAACUCUUUUCAAUUGCUUAUUUUAACUAUGCAUUCAAAUUAUGCAGCCUAUUUUUAAUUGUGUUGUAAUUUAUGGUGUGCAUGUAAUUUUUAUUACUAAAAGGGUAUUUACCGUAUACAAACAAAAAAUUAAUUUUUUGUAUGUAGGCCUAUCAGAUAGAAAUGCUCAAAUGUGAUAUAAACAGUUUUAAAUGUACUGACAAACUUUUUUGGCAAAGUUACAAAAGUCGAAAAAACAAAUCUUCUGAGAAAAUAGUCUUAAAAAUGUGUGCCCCUAAAAAAUAUGUGUUAAAAUCUUAAAUCUAGCCGCUGGAGUAUAAAAAUCAGUCGUGUGACAUUACAUGAGAUUUUUCAAAAGAAAAGUGUCAAUCAAAAAUCAGCCAUUCGUAAAGUACUAAAUUACAUUGUUCUAGUUUUGUUACAAUGAGUGUAUCUUCUUUGUUAACAAAUAUAAAACUUCACCAAGGUGAUUCUAGAAUACAGAUCUUAGAGGCUUCACGAACAAAAAACCUUUCGUAUUAAUUAAAACAAUUAAAUUAAAUUCUCGAUGUUUCUCAGAUAUACUUACGUACGGAUAGGAUAAAGUAAAUGGUGCGGCAGUCGAAGACUCUAUUAAAAUUCAAAACAUCACAUUUGAAUGGACGUAUUUACUGUUCAUUGUAUUAUUUUUGAUAAUGUGUAUAAUUUUUGCUAUCGUGCAAAUAAAAUAUAUGAACAAGGGAUUAAAGAUAUUAUACCAU